AUGGGUGAUUCCUAUCGACCUGCGCCCCCGCGUGGUCCUAGACGUCCUCGUCACAGACCGCAGCCUUCUCUCGCUGAUCGCGUUACAUUCAGUGCAGGUGGCGGCGACAGUUACCGACCAGGUGGAGAUCAAACAAACCGUCAACAAAACAAUCAUGAGUUUACCUUCACUUCCAAUCGUCAAGGCCCUCAAUUUCCGCCCGUGCAGCCUCAGGACAUCAAUCCCCCUCGAGGUCCUCGUAAGAACAACAGUCGCAACCGCGGACCCAAUGGGCGCAACGGCCGCGGUCACAACGGUGCUGUAGACUCAUAUGCACCUCGUAACAAUGGUGAUAGGCAAGGUUCCGGACGGCCAUGGCGUCCAUUCCGUAAAGAGGCCCCGCAUGAGCGUGCCCUUCUCCGAGUCCAGAAUAAGGAUGGCCCUGAGCAAGUGCUCGGUGUGAACCAAGGAGAAAGCAAGUUUCUGAACCCUGAUGACCUUUCAGAGAGCGAAGGCGAGAUGGAUUUAGAGGAGACAGAGGACCAAAGCGAUACGCCUGCAGAGUCCAAACCGAGUGCCCCCAAAUCCGCCAGGAUUGAAAGCUCUCGCGCAGAUGGGGACUCGGUACCCAGAUGGUCCAAUCCCGAUCCUUACACUGUUCUGCCGCCGCCAGCAGAUGAGACGGCAGGCAAGAAGAUUGACUUUGUGCAACUCAUUCGUAAAGCAAAGAAACAAUCUUCCGAGCAAUCUGCAGCGCGCAAUGCUGUUGCUGCUAACGAUGAUUUCAUCUCGUUUGGGGAAGAGCCAUUGGUACAUCCUCCUCCUCCUCCUCCUCCUCCUCCUCCUCCUCCUCCACCACCCUGCGAGCCUCAUCCUCUACCACCACCGCCACCGCCUCCUCCUCCCCCGCCACCAUCAGUCCCUCCGUUUGUAGGCUCAUUGGAUCAAGUCUCCGCUACAGGUGUAAUGACGAAUGCUAACCGUAAUGCUAAGCGCACUGCUGAGGCCGCUGGUCUACCUGCUAGGCCUCCAAAUGGAGACCGGCAGGCACCGAAACGCAAGUUGGAUGCGUCGGACAAGAGCAUUAUCGAUGAGUGGAUGGUUAAGCCACGCAUGAAUGCAUCCCCUUGGCAUCAUAUUAGGCCUAAAGAUGCGGCGCGCAUCGGUCGAGACACGCCAGGCCCGGAUUUCCAAAAGAUGCGCAUUCUGCUCCAUAAAGAGAUCGUUGAGUUCUAUAAUUUUGUGAAGCCCAGUGACCACAUUCACCGAGUUAGACAAAACUUGAUCACAAAUAUCGAGACAGCAAUAGGCAAUGCUCAUCCCCUCCGUUGCCCAGCGCGCUUGCUCUGUUUCGGCUCCUUCCCUGAGAAGCUCUACCUGCCCACCGCCGACAUGGAUCUUGUAUUCGUGUCCCAGUCCCAUCUUGAUGGAGGUUCUAGGCGGCUGGAUUUUGACAGCAAGCGGCAGAUUAACCAAGUUUUGCGGCAGACUGGUCGGCGUCUUGAAAAUGUGGGGAUUGCGACUUCACUCAUAGUCAUUGCAAGAGCUCGAGUCCCUAUCAUUAAAUUCAAGGACAGGCGGACCGGUAUCCAAGUGGAUAUCUCAUUCGAAAAUCUCUCAGGCAUUGUCGCCCAGGAUACGUUCCGAAACUGGAAGCAGGAUUGGAAGGACGAGUUCGUAUAUCUGGUGGCACUUAUCAAACAGUACCUCGUCAUGCGGAAUCUCUGCGAUGUGCAUACGGGUGGACUCGGUGGGUUUUCCAUCAUCUGUCUCGUUGUUUGCUUCCUACACACGUGGCAUUCCAGAUAUCCCAACCAGCAGGAGUCAAACUAUGGAACGUUGUUUCUGGACUUCCUAGACUUCUAUGGCAAUGAGUUCGAUCUUGCCACACAGCGUAUAGUCAUGGACCCCAUCAGCGUCGUGCCCAAGGGCAUUUACGGCAUUGACGGAAGAGAAGAGAAAUCAAAUGGCCUUUCUAUACAGGACCCGAAUAACUCGGAGAACAAUAUCUCUGGCGGCUCACACAGGGCUCAUGAUGUUUUCCGCCUAUUUGGAGAUUCUCAUGCCAGGCUCUCUGAGCGCAUGAACAAAUUCGAUCCAUCCGGGAACAGCAUCCUCGAUACGGUGAUGGGCGGAGAUUAUUCAUCUUACCAACGCUUCAUGACCCAGAUGAGGAAACUCGCUGGAUAA